GCCAGUGGAAAGAUUCCAGUUGGAGUUUUUGCAAAAUUUGGAAAAGAUGAAGUACAUAAACGUUAUGUUUUGGACGAAACCUUCAAGGCUGCAUAAUAAUGUUCAGGUUUUAGUUAGCCCGACCGACAUUCAUCUAUUUAAUGAGAGGUUAAAGCAUUUUGUCUUAAAAGGCACAGUUCUAUCCCACGACAUACAAAAGUUGUUUGAUGGGCAAAAAGUGAUGAGCUACACACGAAUGAAAGCGGAUUCAUUUUCAUGGACGAGCUACCACAACCUUGAAGGCAUCUAUCAAUGGAUGACAGAUAUCGCAGCCGAAAAUAGCGAAAAACUUAACCUAACAGCAAUUGGUUUAUCCGCUGAGGGUAGAGAAAUUCUAGCAAUCGAAUUCCAUAAUCCGAAAGCAAAAGGAACUGUAAUAAUUGAAGGAGGAUUGCAUGGCAAUGAAUGGAUAACUACUGAGUUUGUGACUUACUUGAUAUAUCAUAUAGCUAAAGCUGAUAAAGCGAGGAAUGUAAAGUUGCAACAAGUCGCUACGAAGUAUCGUUGGAUCCUAAUACCUGUUGCCAAUCCUGAUGGAUAUGUUUAUAGUAUGAGUAAUGAUCGUAUGUGGCGCAAGAAUAGAAACAAACUUGGCAAUGGUUUAGUUGGAGUUGAUUUAAAUAGAAACUUCGAUUACAAUUUUUGCAGUCACGACAGCAGCAAUAAGUCAACCGACGACAAUUACUGUGGUUCAAGACCUUUUUCUGAGCCUGAAACGCAAGCCAUCUCGAACUAUGUAAGAAGGAACAGCUAUAACCUCAAAUUUUACUUCUCUAUUCAUGCUUACGGACAGAAGAUAAUCGUGCCAUACUCUGACAGAGUCAAGCAUCUUGAAAACUUUAGUGAAAUAGAAAAUUAUGGGAAACAAGCAAUAUUGCAAAUUUACAAACUGUACAGAGUCAAAUACGGCAUUGGCACCAUUUACGAUAUAUACGGCUAUAGAUCGUCAGGCGAUAGCGUGUCGUGGGUGAAAAAAUCAUAUAACGUGAAAUACGCACUAACCUUCCUUCUUCGUGACAAUGGUACAUACGGAUACGCGCUUCCACCGGCGAUGAUUUUGCCAUCUUGCAAGGAAAUGUUAGUGGGACUGCUGGAGGUCAUGACUGUACACAAAAUGAAACUAAUUAAUCUUAUCAUUAUUUUAUUUAUCUCCGCGGGCAAAUGUUUAUCAAAGAAGUAUCACAAUUAUACGUUAUACAGAGGUAUCCCGAUUUCCGAAGGGCAUUUAAACUUCUUUAGGAAUUUAAGCAACUUGUACGAUGCAAACUACUGGAGGGAGCCUGGUUUGGUGUACAGACCCACAGAAUUUGUGAUACCGCCGGAGUAUAAAAUGUUAUUUACACGACAUGCUUUGAUGGAAGGCAUCUAUUACACAACCAUAAUGGAAGAUGUUCAAAGUGCAUUUGAUAUGCAAAGCGUCAAAACCUACAUAAGGCGUAACAUGGCUUCCUUUGACUGGUUGAGCUAUUUCCGGUUGGACGACAUUUAUAGUUGGCUGCAGGAUCUAAACCAUCUAUACCCUCAGAGGAUACAAAUUAAAAACAUUGGAAAGUCAUUCGAAAAACGUGAUAUUUUAGCUGUUGAAGUUCGCCUACCGAGUUCAACUAACAGACCGAAAAUAAUCGUCGAAGGCGGUAUUCAUGCAAGAGAGUGGAUAUCAGUGGCAUUUGCGACGUAUUUCUUGCACGAAAUAGUAACAUCUCCUGAAUCCAACGAUACAGCACUGAAGGCUGCUGCGGAGAGAUUCGAAUGGAGUUUUGUACCUGUGCUGAACCCAGACGGCUAUGAGUAUUCUCAUGUUAAGGAUCGUAUGUACAGAAAAAACAUGAACGGCGUGGAUUUGAAUAGAAAUUUUGGAAUAGAAUUUGGAGGUAUCGGCACAAGUUCUAAUAGAAAAAGUGAAACGUAUCCGGGCCAGUACGCCUUCUCUGAACCAGAAAGCACAGCGAUGGGGCAAUAUGUUGAAUCUAAGAGCGACAAAUUGCAGUACUAUUUAGCUUUUCACUCCUAUGGCCAGUAUUUAAUCAUACCAUACGCAUUUUCUUCGCUACAUAUGGACAAUUAUGACGAAGUCUAUACAAUGGGUCUGUUGGCGGCAAAGCGGAUUGAACAGAGAUAUAAUACAAUGUAUACUGUCGGUACAGCUUACGAUACAGUAGGUUACAAGGUUUCCGGAGUUAGUGGAUGUUGGGUCAAAAAAUCUUUCAGCGUUCCGUAA